AUGGCAUCCUGGUGUGCCACCAACUGUGUCGCCAUCGAAGCUGCUCGAUACAUCGCCAUUGUCAGGCAGAUCGGCGAAGCGAACAUGGACCCCGACCACUUCCUUAACUACAACCCAGUCAAUAGGGCUGACGCCACUGGCAAAUUCUUCCCUGCGAACGACGACCUGCGGCCGCCUGUCUUAAUCGCCACCAACGGUCGCUCUGACGCGUUUAGUCAGCGGUGCUUAUACUUCGAGCAUCGGUCCCAGUUUGGUUCAAACAGGGUUUACAAGGCGACUUUGACCUACAAUAACAUCGAAGAUUGGACGACGAGACGCUCCCACCGGCAAGAUUGGUAUCUAUGCCCUCAAUCCAGCUUGGAUAAUCAGGUCACGAUGGAAGAGGAUCUGCUCGACGAUGGCUCGCUCGACCCAGUGAUUACCGUCGAUCGCUCGGUAAUCGGGUUGUCCUGCGCAUUUUGUCACCUUCGGCUUGCGAGCCUUGGUGAAGAAAGCGGUAAUGCCAAGAGAUAUAGUGCCUGA